AGUCGUCAAACCAAGACGAAGACGAGAAGUCCAAAUCAAGGGAGAAAUGUUUGAUAAAUAAAUCGGAAUAUUGCCGUGUCUUAUUGAUUCUGGUUGUAUUUUCAAACAAGGAAGGAUGUCUUUUAGAUCAGGUACUCCGAGGGAUAAUGAAACCGGCGAGAAGGCACCUCUUUUAAAUGGAACAGAAGGUAGAAAAGGAAGUGUGAGUUUACUACGAGAGAGUCCCAUCUCUGGGAGUAGUAAUCUCAGUGGAGCUAGUUUGACUGGGAUAGAGAAGAAAAGAAGGAAACCGUUCCACCACACGUCACGGUCGUCGAUCUCUCAGCAAGGCAACAUACAAGCUCAGGAACCAGAGGAAGAAAGAGUAGCUGCUACUUACCAAAGAUAUCGCUACUACAGCAGGCUGGGACAAAAUAAUACUGACCAUUUUAGAAUCCCAGAUCAUGUGCUUCCUUCUGAUUUGUUUGUUCUCAUCGUUCCUUUCAACCUUGUAAAGAAAGAUCCCGGUGCUAAACAGAGUAGCAUAGUUACAAUAUUCUCAAUAUGGAAUACAAUGAUGGGUACAUCACUACUCAGCAUGCCAUGGGCCUUACAGCAAGCUGGCUUUGCAAUGGGUCUAGCUCUAAUGCUGACCAUGGCUGCACUGGCUAUGUAUACGUGCUACAGGGUCAUCCAGUCUGUCGAGAGACUUGAAUCGUCAGGUAAACUGAUAGAGUUUUCUGAUGUGUGCCGGGAUUACCUUGGUAGAUGGGGAGAGUACAUCAGUGUCUUCUUCUCCCUCUCAGCUCUCCUUGGAGCCAUGAUUGUCUACUGGGUCCUCAUGUCAAACUUCUUGUACAGUACUGUUACAUUUAUAUUUGAGGAGAUUAAAAAUGUAGUACCUACAUCAAAUGGCACAAACCACUGCCCAGGCUACCCUUCAGUGCUCUGUCCCGGCCACCACAUUAAUGACACGGGACACCUCGCGCUUGGAGAAAUCGAAGACAAACCAUCCAAUUUUACACCAUCAGAAGUGAUAUUAUUUCACAAAGUCUGGACAGAGACUGGAACGGUGCCUCUUUUUCUCUGUAUUCUUAUCAUACCUCUCAUUCACAUAAAGUCACCAACGUUCUUUACUAAAUUCAAUUCACUUGGAACAUUGUCUGUAGCUUUCCUACUUGUAUAUAUCUGUGUUACAGCCAGCCAUUGGAAAAUCAAUGUCAAUUUUGAUUCUUCUGAUCACCAGAAUUAUGUAGAAUUGUUUAGCUGGAACUUUCCUGCGCUGAGUGGGAUAUUAGCAUUGGGAUAUUUCAUUCACAACUGCGUCUCGUCGAUUUUAAGGAAUCAGAGUCGGCCUGAGAACAACGGUCGUGACCUAACAAUAGCUUACUGCCUUGUGGCAGGAACCUACACCUUUGUGGCUGUUUUAUUCUACAUAACUUUUCCCUGCCAAAAGUUCUGCAUUUCAGAUAAUUUCUUGAAGAACUUCAAGCAAGGGGAUGUCUUUGCCUUCACAGCCAGGCUGUUCCUGCUGUUCCAGAUGGUGACCCUCUUCCCUCUGUUAGUUUACAUCACCAGGGUCCAGCUGAUGGAUCAGCUCUUUGGCAAUGCUUAUCCAAGCUGGAAGCACAUGGUAGUAUAUAAUCUCAUCCUGGUGUGCAUAUGUUGUCUCUUUGCUAUCUUUAUGCCUCACAUUGGAAAUAUUAUCAGGUACUCAGGGGCAUUCUGUGGCAUGGCCUACGUUUUCACUCUCCCAGUGGUCGUUUAUCUUCUGUAUACCAAGAGACAGGGUAACCUACGCUGGUAUCACAUAGCAUUCCAUUCUCUCUUUGUUGUCGUCGGGGUUGCCAAUUUCAUCUCUCAAUUUCUUGUUUAAGAUAUUUGUGUACUUCCCAGAGGAGUUUAAUCUAUGAAGUUAAGUCGACACGUAUGUACUUAAAUUGGUAGCAUGAGAAAAGUAAUCUAUUGACUUGAUUUUUGUCACAUGUGUGUACAUGUAAUGUACAGGUAAAAGAAAACAGACUUAUUCCCUUCUCUUUAUCACUUUAAUGAGAAGUGCAGGAAAUCAAGUGCUGUUGGAGUGCCACAAGGUUGCAUACUUGCGCUUAGUUUCUUUUAGAGCAUCACAUACCACUGCAGCACAGCAUUAAAGGGAAAUGAAACCUAUGGAGCAAGUAGGCCUGUGUCGAAAUAGAAAAAUCAUAGAAUAAGAACAAACCAAGUUUCAGAAAAAUCAGACAAAUAAUGAGAAAGUUAUGAGCAUUUGAAUAUUGCAAUCA